AUGACAACAACUCGCCAAAAUGUGCAGGUACAGGACAUCAAAGUUGGCUGUAUACUGUUCCUUCCAAGUACAAUCUUUGGAGAGGAUUUGAUAUGUAUGUGGUCUGAUGUCAAUGGCCAUCCUUGUCGAAACAAUGGACGUUGCGUUUUGAAGCAAGAGGGGCACGAUCACCCUGUAGUGAUCAUCGGAAAGCGUUAUGAGCCCAAUGGGAUUAUGCCAAGCAUACUCAGGCUAUCAUUUGUUCAAAUGACUCAUGGUAACUUCCGCAAUGCUAGUACCUCUGGACCGACGAUUUACUCCCCCUACGGACAUUACGAGGUUGACCAGAGUACUGGGCGACUGACUUUUCCACAAAACUUCCGCUCACGCUACUGGUUUCGGGGUAUUGAGUACCUCCGCCGUGGUCCAGGUAAUUUUCGAAUCCCUCAUGUUUUCUUCGCCCCGCGCAGAAGCUUUAGAACUAUGACCACAGGUCCUCAGGCACGAGCAUACGAUUCACGUUUGGAUGAAGGAUCUUAUUUGAGGUUGAUGCAACGACUGAAUCUUGAGCCGAAGCGAUAUGUACUUGAUCAUCACUUGGACGAUUAUUGGCCUGCACUUCCCAAUGGCGACUCAGCCAAGCAUGAACAACCAUCUUCCCACGCAAAUACCAAUAGGCCUUCAAGUGUUGGACAGGCGUUCGACCAGCCGCACGGUCAUCAUAUCGCAAAUCGUGGAUGUAUGGAAGAUGACUUGGAGCCAUGCCUAGCAGUACCCAUCCUUGACCCUGCCCCUUGCGGUACAGAUCCUUUAAUCUUUUGUUCUGCAAAGAGUGCGCGCUAA